AUGGCGGACCUGCAAGACCAAGAGUUAACACAUGUCGAAAUUGCUCGGGUCAUUAGAGAUAUCGCCGAAGGAGUGAAUAAUGAAAAUAUUGAUCUGAUGAAGCUACGAUUAGACUACGUGAAUAGGAUGAGUGUAACUUUGGGUUUACCGGAGGAAGUAAUAAAUGCAUUGUCGUUAGUGUAUCAACAGUUAGACAGAAUGGCGGAACGAAUGGUCGAAAGCCGAGAUGUUGAUGUGCAGUAUCGCCCUUCCGUUAUUUGUUCCGGUCGUGGAAGACCUAGAAUUUCUAUAUCGCAGGAGCAAUUAUCGUUUUUAGUUGACCAGGGUUUUACUGUCAAAGAAAUGAGUAGCAUUUUGGGUGUUGGGCAGCGUACAGUAGAAAGAAGGCUCGCUGCAUUCGACCUAAGCAUUAAAGGUGAGCAAAUGCGGGCAACAUAUGACAGGCACAGUGAUUUUCCUGUGCAACAUUGUUGCGUUGCACGUUUAGGUAUAAAAGCUGGAGUAAUUCGAGCAACAAAAUUGCAGCAACUUGCAACAAAACCUGAUUUCAACGCAUGUUAAGUAGAGAUUUUGUUGCUCGUAUUACUCCAUCUUAAAUGUACGUAUUAUCGCCUACAAAUUUCGACCAAUAAACAUUAAGGUCGAUAUAAAUUAACAAAUACGUCAUAUAUGCAACAUUAACUUCCACUUGCAAAUGUCUGAGAACACAGGUGAAAUGGAGUAGUUUAAGCCAAGAUUGACCAACCGAGGAAACAGUCCGAAUCUUACAAGCUUGAUUGCAUUAUGAAUUAAAUAUAAUUUGUGUACCUGAUUUAGCUACAUACAGCAACAUUAAUGAUGAAGAUCUAGAUGAACUUGUUAAUGCGGUACAGAAUGAAAACAGCUCCACUGGAAUACGAAUGUUGAAGGGCUACCUUUUUAGCAAAGGUUACAGAAUUCAAAGAGAGCGAAUUAGACAAUCAUUAUUAAGAACCGAUCCAACUGGUGCGGUGCAACGAUGGAAAAAUGCAGUAAAGAAAAGAAAGUAUAGCGUCUUCUCGCCACUGGCUCUUUGGCACAUAGACGGGCAUCACAAGUUGAUUCGGUACAACUGUCAAGUUUUGCAUUAUACUCAAAAUAAAUAAUGUUGAAUGACAGGGAAGUUUUUUCUAUUUUCCAUUUUUUUUCCAGGUGGAGGAUAGUUGUGCACGGUGGUGUAGAUGGCUACUCUAGGAUACCGGUUUACAUUCACGCGUCAAACAAUAACAGAGCUGAUACAGUUCCCCAAUUGUUUUUGGGAGCUGUUGAUGAAUAUGGCCUACCGUCACGAGUCCGUUCCGACAAAGGAGGGGAAAAUGUUGACGUUUCUUGGUACAUGUUGACACAUGAGCAGAGGGGGCCACAUCGCGGAAGCAUGAUAACUGGUAUUGAAUUGCAAAUGUGCAUUUCAAUUAGCCUUUCUCACGCCAGCUACAAUUUUUGGGUGGCAACCUUGUUAGUAAUAGUAAACAUUGAAAAUGACCUUUCUAUAAAUAUAGUUAUGCGGUAUAAUCAUAAAUCUAUUUACAGUUACAAAUUUCAAAAAUUAGUUUCACAUCGCUUAGCUAUACUACUUCAUGUUUUUAUAAAAUAGUACCCAAAAAUGGCGAAUUUAAACCUUCGUGGGAAAGGCUAAUUUCUGUACUCUGCAUUAUUACCUUUUUUUUCAUAAAAUCAACAAAGGAAAUCCUUAUUUUUUAAUGUACAAACACUUUUAAUGACAUUUACAGGUAAGAGUACUCAUAACCAGAGGAUAGAAAGGCUAUGGAGAGAUGUGUUUCAAGGGUGCCUUUACCUGUUUUAUGACAUCUUUUAUGCAUUAGAGAGGUUUGGUAUUCUUGAUCAUGAAAAUGAAGUGCAUUUAUGGUGUCUACAUUUUGUAUUUCUUCCGGUUGUAAACAACCAUCUUCAAUCGUGGAGACAAGCCUGGAUACACCAUCCUUUAAGAACUGAACGAAACAUGAGUCCAAUACAACUCUGGGUUAAAGGACUUCACAUGGUUUGCAGAAGUGAUUCAACUGCACCAAGGGAAGUGUUUCAGGUAAUCACGUCUUUGCGUACAGUAUAGUUCUUUAUCUGAUUAUUUUGAUGGAGUUGGAAAUUAUUAGGUAAAACGUAACUGAAUUGAAAAUUUUAAUAAAACCUAUGGCUACAUAUGUAAACCGUAUGUCAUCAAAUUUUAUUUUUUGAUAAUAAAGUCAGUGUAAUCUCUCUUUCAGGGCGACUUUUUAAAUUAUGGGGUGGACUACGAAGGGCCUGUUCCAUUGCAGGAAUCAGAAAGAGUAGAGGUUCCAGAAACCAUGUGCCCUCUUGAGACAGAAGAAAUGGAAAACAUCUAUCAGUUCUCUGCCCAAGAUGGAAUGAGUAUGGAUGAAAUUGUAGAAAAAUACAUCGAUGCAGUCGACUUUGUGACUCGCUUGCUGCAGGGGUAG